UCCUCUUCAUGUCGUACUACACUAGCCCGAGACGCACGGGGCUGCCCCGGACGGUGCUGCGCUGGCUGCAGAGUCUCGACCUCACCUUCUCGCCGACGCAUUUCCGUAGGGAUUUUUCAAAUGGCUUCCUCAUCGCUGAAAUAUUCUCUUGGUAUUACCCAGAAGACAUUCAAAUGCAUUACUUUGAAAAUGGCAUCUCUCUAGCUGUCAAACUCAGCAACUGGUCGCAGCUCGGAAAGUUUUUUUCAAAAAGAAACCUAAAGCCCAUACGAGAGUUAAUUGAUGGGACAAUUCAUUGUAAACCAGGAGCUGCAGAAAUAUUUGUACAAGACAUUUAUACAAUGCUGACAAACAGGCGGAUAAAACACAUUCAGGAUGAAGAGAUUGACUUUACAGAUCGUAUUUAUCAAGAAAAGUUACCAAUGGUUGCUAGAUCAACUGCUUCAAGGGCUAUUAAAACCAACAUUAAGCUAACAGAACUAAUGGUGGAGCCCAAUGUCCAGAAAAACAGACAGAAGAUUAAUGCCAUCAUCAACAUGCAUAUGCAGCGAAGGCGGCUCGACAGAGAACAAGAUCCAGCACGAUUUGGUAUUAAACCAACAUUGGGAGAACGUGCUGUUCGUCGUCCUUCUAUUUUGGCUCCUUCCUUGAGUACAAUUCAUCUUCAAAAGGAAAAAUCUAUUCCUGUGCCAAGUAGUAUAGCAUCCACAGAGAUCAGAGGCAAAAUGGGUGUUCAUUUCAAAACCAUGCAAGUGAAGCAAGCUGAGAGAUGCCCUUUCGAUGUGAAUAUAAAUGCUGAAGCUCCAUGCACCCAUUUUAAAGGACUGUAAUUAGAGAAAGAAAUCAAACCUGCUUUUUACUACAACAGAUGCAUUAUGACCAAGUUUCUGCCAUAUUGAGGAACAUAAGGCUUACUGGUAUGCUCAACAAAGCAUUAAUCCUGGGAGAAUACAUACGAAGAAUUUGACAUAAGAAAACUGCAUUAAAAGAUUACCAAUGCUUUUUACACUUCUCUUUACUGGAAACUUGAACAUUUGACAUAUUCUAAUGGAUAUGUUUUCUAAACACCAGCAUGUGUCCAGCCUUGUACUCUUAGGUAAUGUGAGAUUAAUAAAACUGAUUAUUAGGGUAAUCAGAGACUCAUUGUCAAACACUUAAUGUUUUUCUUAAAAUUUGAAUAAAAUAAUGUUUUG